CUCAGUAUGUACUUCACUGUAAACUUAUCAAUACUUAGUAUAUAUAUAAGUGUAUUUAUAUAGUGAGUACUCAUUGUAGUACGGUGAGUAACAUAGAGACACGCGAGAGAAGGGUAGCUGCCGCACAGCCUGCUGGGUAAUAUGUUAACGACAGAGCUGCGUUGAUUGGUGCUGAGCGGCGCGUGAGAAAGAAUAAAAUCAAAACAACGUUUUAUUUAAGCAGGAGGAAGAGACGGAAACUACAGUCAUGUCUGUCUCUCUGUCUGAAGAGAGAGACAGGAUCCAGAGACAGGUGGAGGAGCUGGAGCAGAGUCUGUCUCUCUGUCGGUCUGAAACACAUACUGAUCUACAGCUGCUGAGCAGUGAGACAGAUGAUGAAUCAGGAAGUGAUGACGAAGAGGAGGAGUCUGCUUCAGGUCUGUUGGCUCAGAGAGAAAAAAUCCAGAAAGAGAUCGAGAACCUGGAGAACAAGCUAGGACCACAGAGUCCUGUCUGUCUGUCAGAUGCUGAUGACAUCAUCAGCAGCAGUGAUGAGAGUGAGCUUGGUAUUUCUCUCUCUGUUGAGUCUUGUCUUCAGAUGAACCUGGUUUACCAGCAGGUGGUGCAGGAGACUCUGUGUCAGCUGGAGACACUACUGACACACAACAACAGACAACAGAGGGAACUUGUGUCUCAGUUGUCUGGACCAAUCAAAGAGCCUUCCAGAGAACAGCCUGCCCCCUCCUCCUACCAGCUGCCAAUCAACAUGUACCUGGGUCGCUUCCUGAAACCUUACUUCAAAGACAAACAGACCGGACUGGGUCCUCCAGCCAAUCAGGAGACGAAGGAGAAGAGCAGCAGGAUGACAGGAUGUCUGGACGAAAAUAAAGUCAAGAUUAAACGAUGGGAGAGCUGGCAGAAGACUCUUCUUAUCGACUCAGUGUCCAGAGACAGUCUGAGGAGACUUGUCCAACCCAAACUCUCCAGGGUGGACUACCUGAGUCAGAAGUUGUCGUCAGCAGAGGAGACAAACAGGCAGAAGCUCCGAGAGCAGAUCGACAGUUUGGAGAGAGAGAUCGACAAACUCAGGACGAAGAAGGAGGAGGAGCUGAUUGGUGAUCGAUACGAGGAACAUGAUUGGGAAAAAAUCUCCAACAUUGAUUUUGAAGGGACGCGGGAGGCCGAUGACAUUAGGUGCUUCUGGCAGAACUUCCUUCACCCGUCAAUCAGGAAGGUUGGAUGGAGUCAGGAGGAGGUGGAGCAGCUGAGAGACAUCAGCAGGAGACACCGGGAGAGAGACUGGAAGAAGAUCGCUGAGGAGCUGGGGACGGGGAGGACAGCCUUCAUGUGUCUUCAGACUUUCCAGCGUUUUGUGUCAGACUCGUUGAGACGAGGCAGUUGGACGCCCGAUGAGGACGAUCUUCUCCGGGAUCUGGUGGACAAGAUGAGGAUCGGAAACUUUAUCCCCUACACUCAGAUGAGUUACUUCAUGGAGGGUCGUCACCCCCCUCAGCUGAUCUACAGGUGGAACCAGGUUCUGGACCCGAGCCUGAAGAAAGGCAUGUGGACCAAACAGGAAGACCAGCUCUUGUUGCGAGCUGUCUCACGUCAAGGGGAGAAGGACUGGUGGAAGAUCCGGCUGGAGGUUCCUGGACGAACCGACAGCGCCUGCAGAGACAGGUAUAUCGACUGUCUGAAGUCGGGGAUGAAGCGAGGAGCAUUUGACAAACAGGAGCAAGAGCUCCUGCUGCAGCUGGUGGAGAAAUAUGGCGUCGGUCGCUGGGCAAAGAUCGCUGCUGAGAUUCCUCAACGUUACGAUGCUCAGUGUCUGAGAGAAUGGAGGAAAGUGAGCAGGAAGAAGCUUGGUCCUGCUCAGAAAAAUAAAAAAGCUAAAAACCCACAAACAAGUGGAGGUGUAAAGAAGAAGAGGAAGGUAAACAUCAGGAGGAAAGUGAAGGAGGAGCUGAGCAGUGAGGAGGAGGAGGAGGAGGAGGAGGUGGAGUACAUGGACAGUGAUACCGAUGAGAAGAAGAUGAAGGAGGAGGAGAAGGAGGAGGUCGUUGAAGUGGAUCGGACUGCAGAUGUAGAGGAUGAAGUGGAAGAGUACACCUGCCCUUCGAUGACUGAGUGGAUUCCAGAUGAUAAAGCAAAACAUUUCUCCUUCCUAAACUUUAGACCGGUGUCCAUACCUUCCUCCUCCCAUAGCCCCAGAGGGAAGCCAGUCCGCUCAACCAUCGUGGGUAAGUCCGGACGCUCUGUGAUCAUUGGUCCAAAUCCAGUGGAGCUGCAGUGGGAAGAGCGUCACAGAGACAGCACCAUGAUGAUGGUGUCACCUGACCAGCUCCAAGCCCACCUGCACUGCCAGGCAGCCGAGUGGAAAAAACAGGGCUUCCGGAUAAAAGGGAAACAGCUGGGCCGAUCCAUGGACAUCGUGGUGAAGUACAAGCUCCAGGCUGCCGUGAUGCCCUGGAUUGGUAACCUGCUGAUCCCGACUCAAACCAGACUGACUGUGGCCGAUGCCCUGAGAGAACAAGGAGAGAAAACCAAGCUGUCCUCCACUCCUGUCUUCCAGCUGCUGCUGCAGACCAUGAACGUGGACGUCAUCGGGUGCAAGGAGACGAUAGAGCAGAGGAAGGAGAAAGUGGGGUUACCGACUCCUCCCCCAGACCCUGCGUCUGUCCGCAGGAAGGAUCCGCGUACUGUUGCAAGAAUCCUGCAGCAGAGUAAGCAGCAGAAGGAAUUAGACCUGCAGGACAAACUGAUCCUGACGCAGCUUCACACUCUGCAACAGCAGCAAAUUAUGCUCAAACAACCAAUCAGAACACAGCAAUUAGUUUAUCUGCAGCAACCUCAGAAUCUACCCCCUCAGUCUCUCCCUCCUAGCAUCCCUUCUCAGAAUCUUCCUGGUCUUCCUCAGAUGUCUCGUCUGUCCUUUCCUCAGAGUGUCUUCAUUCCUCAUCCUCUUCUCCAACCUCAGAAUCCUCUUGCUCCCUCUUCCGACACAUCCCAUUUGUCUCGAUGCCGACCUCCUCCUGUGGGCGUCCUCACCUCUUCAUCUCCUCCUCUUCCUCCUGUCUCCAUGGUCCCGAUGCUCCAGAGUCCUACCAGCUCCGCCUUAGUCCAGCAACAGACUGUACCAUUGACUCAGAGGUUCAAAGUUUACCAGUCCUCUUCCCCUAACCCAGCUGUUUCAAUUGGUUCAACACUGGCCAAUCAACAAGCUGUUCCAUUCUUACGCUCAACCCUCGCCACCCGUCCUCUCCCUUCCUCCAGUGGAACAUCCUCAGGUCAGAGUUUGCCCAGAGGGAGGGGGCAGAAGGCCGACAGAGAGCCGGCUGUCAAGGUGUGUGUCACUGGAGCAGGUAGUGACGGGACGUACACAGGUGUGAAGGACGAAGGACGGAGGAAUCUGAAGCUGAGUCAAAGGCCCAGAGCUCUACAGGAAGCUACCAGAGCCAAGACUCAAAACGGGAAGAAAUCUGCUUCAUCCUCCCGAAAGACGACUGAGAGCCAGAGAACCAACUCUCCCCCUCAGACUGGGCUCCUCCCACCUCCUCAGCAUCACACUGCACUCUUAAGUUCAAGCUUAUCUGCUUCUUUAAUCAGGGACCAUGACUACUUUAUUCAUACUACCCCCCCCCCAAGCCAACCAAGUCCUGCCCCCAAACAGCCAGACCCCAAACACUGUAAAUCUGACCCCGUCCCAGAGACGCCCACCAAACAUCCCAGCAGAGGAAUCAAACGAAGGAGGGGGCCGGAGCAGGACGGGGUGACAAGCAGUCAGGAUGUCCCAUGUACAGAUGUGACAGGUGACCCCGGGGCCCAGGCUGAUAGAGGUGCAACCCAGGAAGGAAAAAGGGUUCGGAAGCUAAGUCACAAGGCCAGGGAGCUGCAGAAAGCGACUGAAACCAAGGACGAAGCCAAAAAGAAGAGGAAGUCUUCUCCUUGUAAAGCUCGCCCUCGUACGUCUCGCUCUAAACAGGGAACUGAGAAACCCACACUGCAUCUACUUCCUGGUGAGUCGGUAUGGGUCAUGACUCCUGGUGGGCUGGUCCAGCUCGCACUUGCCCCGCCCCAACCCCAUCAGCAGGCAUUAGUGCCGACCCCCACUUUUCCACCUGCACCUGGAAAUAGUACAAGACACCAACUGGACACGCCUCCUCUGAGAUUCAAGCCACCACCUGUACCAUAUGACCGGACCAUCCCCAUCAACCUCCCUGCUUCACCCACUCAUCCUCCUGAGCCCCGAGCACCUGUCCCAAGCCCAGGUUGUUUCCCCCUCCGCUCCACGUACCCUCAGCCUCCUCCCAAAGUCUUCUUGCCCUGUAAUGGUACAAUCAGAGUGGGCAAGGCCUCACCUCCUCCCCUCAGGAGGGAGGCGCUUCCGUUCAACCCCUCACUGAUGUUCCUGGAGCCUCAGGAAGCAGUGUGUGAUUGGCUGAGUGGGCGGAGAGGGGUGGUGGUACCAGGAGCAGGCGUGGCUCUGCCCUACCUGCCACCAUUCGUCAGCACUCUGAGCACGCUCAGGGCGCUGCUCCAGGCCAAAAACUCUUUGACCAAAUCAGCUCUGCAGCUGCUGAGUCAAGACUCUGAACCUCGGCGCUGCCAAACCAAAAUCGUGUCCGACAGCGGUUCAGAAAACACCUCCAGUCAGCCUCCACCCGACCUGCCAGACUCCACCUCUGACCUCAGACCAGCCGAGCAACCAGGUAACGCUCAUCUGACAGCAGCUCCCACUGUCAGCUCUGACAGCCUGCAGGAGGAGCAGGGGGAGAAGGAGGAGCAGGAGGAGCAGGAGGAGCAGGGGGAGCAGAGGGAGCAGGAGGAGCAGGAGGAGGUGCUUGUGGCGGCAGUGCGUGAGCUUGUGACAGAGCGUUUUUCUAGUAACCCCGCCUACCAGUUGUUGAAGGCCCGCUUCCUGUCACUCUUCACUGUCCCCGCCCUCCUUGCUACCAUCCAGCCAAUAACAGAGGAGACUGUGGCUCGCCCAGCCACUCAGGAGGAGGAGGAGGAGGAAGAGGAGGAGGAAGAGCAGGAAGAAGUGGCGAAGCUGAAGAAAAUCAAAGAAAGGGGGCGACAGAGAGCCCAGGGAUCACGUCAGGAGCGCCAGCCAAUCCCUUCUCAGGAAUCAACGCAUCCGCCGCUGACCAGACCCGGCCAGUAGAAACCUGAUCACACAGAUCUACGAUCACAUGCUCAGGUCAAUGCUCCUCCUGAUCCUGGUUCAGCAGCUGCUCAUCUCAAUCUGGAGAUUAGUUAUGACUGAUUAAUAAUGACUUUUCAUUAGAUGACAAAAACAUUCCUACUCUCGUUCAGUUUGAGUUCUCGUUGUAACAAUACAAAUCUUAAAAUGUUUCAGAUCUGGUUUCAGAGCUCACAGAUAACAAACAGUAAAAAAAAUAAUACAAGAAAUAAAACCUUUAAUGUACCGACGAGAAUUUUAAAGAGUAAAAAAAAAAGACGAUUUUCUGCAGUUAGAGAAAAGUAAAUCAGGUCAGAGUCUCAUGUUGCACUAAGAUUAAUUUACUUUAAAGAAAAUGUUUGAUGGUUUGUAAUAAAGAAAGUUUACAUGAA